UCCCACAUAUAGCCCGAAAAGCUGCGAAACCGCCGGCCCCUGUGUUGAAGAAAACUACUCGUCUCCCUCUCUUUCUCUGUCCAUACCAAAAGAUAACACGAAACAUGGCAAAAGGGGAUGAUGCAGUUGCGAGAAAGAAGAACAAAUCCAAAAGAAAGAAACUGAAUAGAGAAAACUCUAAUGUUUCCGCUCGUGUCGCUUCCAUUAUCGCCGCCAAAAAGCGCCGCCAGUCCGGUAAACGCCGAAUGUGCCAGGGAAUGUGUUUCAGCCUUCCUACUCCAGAUGAUCCUUUCAAUGAACAGCAUGAAAAAAUGGAUUUCAAAGUGAAAGAGAAGAAAAAGAUUGUUCAAGCCAAAGUGAAUAAGAGAGAAUUUGGUAGGGGAAAGAAUGCUCCUUUGGGUCAAGACAUCCAUUGUAGGAAGAAUAAAGAUAUAGAUCAUCUAGAACACAAAAAAGAGAAGAUUGUCCUUGUGACAAGUGAAAUGAAAAAUUCGAUCCUAACAAAUGAUAAUUUAGGUCAGAAAAGCCCUGUUGAUAGUGAAACCACAAAGAUUCAACUAAAUGAGAAAGAUUAUAAUCAUCAACAACGGGCCUGUGAAAACUCAGAUUGCCCAUCAAAAUUUUUUAUAUUGUGCUUGAAUGCAAUAGAGAAAGCAUUGCAUCUGGAGGUUGCCUAUAAUAAUGAGGACAAGCCUCUGUUUGCUAACCCUUGGGGAGUUGAAUUUUUGAAAUGCUAUUCAACUGGAAAAGAUGUACUGGACACUAGUGGAUCUUCUUGUACAACUGAGCAAAUUGCAUGGAUGGCUUCAGUUGCAGCUGAUACUAUUGCAAGAAAAGAGAAACAAGGUCUAUGGUUUGCCAGUCCAUUUCUUCUAUUCCUUGUGCCAUCCCAAGAAAAAGCUGCUGAGGUACGUAUGGUUUGCAAACCUUUGAAAGAUCUUGGUAUACAUACAGUGAGUUUACAUCCCGGUGCCUCUUUGGAUCAUCAGAUUCAUGGCCUGAAGAGUUGUGAACCUGAGUUUCUUGUUUCCACACCUGAGAGACUUAUGGAGCUUGUUUCCUUGAAGGCCAUCAAUAUAUCUGGAGUCUCAUUCUUGGUUGUUGAUGGACUGGAUUGUCUUAAUCAAGAUGGUUACCUUGAUACUCUAAAAUCCAUCAGGCAAUGUAUUUCAGGGAAUCCUAACACUGUGGUUUUCAACAAUUGCUUCAGUCAUGAAUGUGUUCCAGUUCUGCAAAAUCUUCUCUCAGUAUCUAUUCAGAGAUUGUCUCUCAGCCAUUCCAUUGGCAGUCAGAGUGCAUGCAUUGUCCAAACUAUAAAUGUUUGCUCUUCUGAAGAAGAAAAACUUUCGAAGGGCCUCCAAGUUUUGCGUGAUACUUUUGGAGACCCACUAUGCUUCCAUAAUUUAAAGGUUCUAUACAUAGUUGGAGGAGAUGACAAGUCUGCUAAUUUACUUGAGACCCUUAAAAGCAAUCGUUAUUCUGUUUCAAAAGGCUCAGAUUUUGAUAUUCCAGAUGUUGAUAGCAGCUUGGAUUCAGAUCGUGGGAAAAAACCUACAAUCUCCAUGAUAAAUGCAGAGCACAUCAGUACUGCUGAUUUAGGCAUCUACGAGAUAGUUAUUUUAAGCAAUUUUGUUCUCUCCAUUGACAUUUAUGUUAAAGUUCUCACAAGAAUGGCUCGGCACAGUACCCGUGGUGUUUUGCAUAGCUUUUUGACUGAAGAAGAUGCACCACUUGCUGGAUCAUUGAUUGAAAUUCUUGAACAGUGUGGGCAGGCAGUGCCUGAAGGUCUCAGAACAUUGCAUAUUAGAUCAUCCAUGUUAGAAUCAUGAAGUUUAAAUGUCUUCUUUCCUUACAAUUCCUUCCACAUCCCAAGAAUUUUCCGUCUGAAACGAGUGUUUGAAGCUCUUGCAAAUGGUGCAGUGAAGAUGGGUUCUGCAAUACGAAGCAUUCUUUUUAUUGGUUCUGAAGAAACUACAGAUAACAGCCUGAAUCACGUAGGGUUUGGCAAGUGAUAUUAAGAACUCCUGAGUCUUUGAUCAAUUGGUGAGGAGAAUUAUCGAUUUUCGUGAUGAAAAUUCGAUUUGGUUUAUACUAGACAGCAUAUGUUAGAAAGUUCUGAUUGUUGUAAUUUUGCCAAACGCAUUUCUUCAUGUCCUGAAAAAUUUUGGACUCUUUUUCUAGCU